AUGUCGCCGGUGUGCCGCGACGACGCGCUGGGCGAAGCGGGUGCCGGGGCAGGGCUCCCGCAGGACCAGUUCGCAGUGCGCGCCCUGUACGCGGCCGGCCAGCUGGUGGCGCAGCAGGCGUCUGCCUUGAAGGGCCGAGCGCUGGUGGACGCCACUCUGGAGGCGCGCGACGGCGCCAGGGCGCACCUGCUGGCCAGCCAGGGCGCCGUGUGCCAGGCGCUGGAAAAAGCAGGGGACGCGGCCCCGCCCGAGUGGCGCGUGCGGCAGUUGAUGGCCCUGGCCAUGUGCCAAGCCGAAUGUGGGCGCGCUGACGAGGCGGGCCGGGUGCUGGGGCGGGCCCAAGACCUGGCGAACAGAUGCGGCCUUGAGAGCAGGCAAGAGGUGGCGCGCCUCUCGAUGCACAUCACCUGCACGGCAGCCAAAGCCACCCCCGCGGGCAAGCCUGGCCCCGGCGGCAAGGGCGCGCCCGCCGCCAGCGUGCCGCCGCCCCUUGCGAAAGCGCCAGCGCCGGGUGCCUCGGCCGGCGCCACGACCGCGGCCGCGGCGCCGGCUGCAAACGCAGCGGCGGCGGGGCGCAAAGGCGGGAAGGGCGGCCCCGCCGCCGCAGCGGCGGCGGCGGCGGCGGAGUCGGCAGCCGCUGCUGUGCACGUGACUCAGGCUGAGAAAGAUAGCGCAGUGGCUUCCUUUCAAUGGGUGAUGUCAUCACGGCCGGACGUGACGGUGGCGGCGCAGCAGCUCAAGGACGCCUGGGCGCGGGUCGACCCGCGGCCCCAGGGGACGACAAGGGGGGUCAACCUCGGGGUGGUGGCCCGUAUCGCGUGGGCCGCCGCCUGCUGCGGCGCGGCGCCGCUCGCCGAGGCGUGCGCGGCGCGCGCGUCAGCGGCGCCAGACCUGGGGCCGAGGGCGUGGGCGGACCUUGCACGAGCGGCGCUGGCACUGGCGGCGGCGAGGGCGCCGGAGGGGGUGGCGCCACCAACAGACAAAGCCUCCGACCCCGUGCCCGUGCGGCGCGCGGCGGACGCGCACGCGGCUGUACUGGAGGCCCUGGAGGAUGUGCUGGGCGCGUUCCUGAGGCUGAGGGAUGCAGAGGGCAUCCACUACGCCUCCAAGCUCGCGUGGAAUGCGGGUCUGCCGCUGCUGCAGCCCAACACGCGCCGCCGCGUCAAGCGCUGCUUCGCGAGCGCCGCCAGGGCGCUCGAGGCCGUCGCGUCGCCGCUGGGGCGCCUGAGGGCGCAGCUGCACCUGGAGCUCGGAAAGUGUGAGGCGGACGACGACGCGCUGGUCAAGGCGGCCAAGGAGGUCCACCAGGCGCUGGCCCUGGACUACGCGGCUGCGGCGGAAGAGCGGGCGCAGCAGCUGGCGCCCCUGGACCGCGCGUUCCGCGUGCGCGCAGGCUUUGAGUCUGGCGGCCUCGAAGAUGCGGCCCUCGCGGCGCUGGAGCGCGCGCGCGGCAGCGACAGCCCCGCCCUGCGCGCCGAGUACCUGUCAAAGGCAAUCGCCCAGCUCUCCUCCCUCCCGCAGCUCGCGCCGCCCGACGCGUCUGUACCGCCCGCGGAGCGGGCGCCUGCGCAGGUCACAGCGCGCACGCGCGCGAGCAUAUGGGCGGAAGUCGUGAGGGUGGCGUGGGCGGCGCGGCUCGAGGCCGUCGUCCUCGACGCGGCGCCGUUUGUGCUGGCGGCGCGCUGGGCCCCCGAGGUUGACCGCCGCAUGACGGCGCUGCAGGCCGAGAUUGCCGCGUUGGAGGUCGAGGCGAAGCUCCAGGCGGAGGUGGUGCCGCCGGCGGACCCGUCUGCCGGCAAGGUUGAUGUGGAGGACGGCAUCAGGGUGCCGCCCACAACUGCCGAGCAGCUGCAGAGGCGGGUGGCAGACGGCAUAUUGGAGAGCAUGCGCGCCGCCGCGGAAGCUCAGGAGCCAUGGCGUCUGGCCAACAGCGCGGCGCUGGCCUGGAACGCCUACCUGCCCCUGCUGCAGCGCCGCCGCCACGCGGAGGCGCUGCCCGUCCUGCUGCCGGCGCUGCAGCUGCUCCUCCAGCCCGCCGCGGCGGCGGGCCCGGGGCCGCCCCCGCCGCCUGGGGGGUCGUCGGGCGCGCAGCAACAGCAACAGCAGCAGCAGCCGGCGGCGGGGGCGGGCGCCGCGCAGCCGGCAGGCGGCCAGCCGGCGCAGGCGGCCGGGAGGCGAUGGGAGCUGGCCGCGAAGCUCGCAGAGGCGGUGGCAAACGGGGCGGAGCACGUGGCGUUGCUGCAGAUGUUGAGGCCGGCGCCGCCCGCACCCGCCGCGUCUGAGACCUCAAGGGCGUCGUCCCCCGCGCCCCGCCCGGGCUCCGCGCUCGCGGCCGUGGCCGCGGCCGUGGUGGCAGCGGCAGGGGGCGGCGACGGCGGGGCGCGGCAGCUGGCGUUCAGGCAGGGGUUGACGCCCUGGUUCUGCGACCUGCAGCAGGCACGCCACAAAGCCGCGGCCGCCGGCCCCGAGGGGCUGAAGCGCCUCGCCUCCCCCGACCAGCCGAAGGCACUGUCGGUGCUGAUGUCAUCCGCCGCCGCCACCUGCCAAGAGGCGCUCGCGCGCGGCGCCGCAGCCGGCGCGCCGCAGCCGCAGUCGCUGCUGCGCGCCUUCGCCCGCCUGCAGCAGUUGUGGGCGGCCGCCGGCGCCGCAGACGCGGCGCCGGCCGGUCCGGCGGCGGCGGCCGCCGCCUCUGCCGCCGCCGCCGCUGCUGCAGCAGGCGGCGGCGGGGCCGCGCCCGCGCCGCUGCUGCUGCCGCCUGGGGCCCCUCCUGCCCUGGAGCUGUCUGCCAAGGUGCUGUCUGCGAUAGAGGCGCUGACAGCAUCGCCGGCGCCGGCGGACGCAGCGGGCCAGGCCAAGACUGAGCAGGCGAGCCCAGCCGCCUGUGCCGUCCGCGCGGCGAUGACUCAGGUGUCGCAGCUGCCUGCGGCCGACGCAGAACUUUGGGCGCGCCUCUCCCGCGCGGCCGCCGCGCAGCGCUGCUGGCCCCACGCCCGCGACUGCGCGCGCGGGGCGCUGCCGCCCGAGCUCCGGGCGCCGGGCGCCCUCGAGGCGCUCGGGGCCGCGGCGGCGGCGCCGCCGCCGCCGCAUGUCGCGCGGGAGACGUGGUUCUGGCUGGCCGUUGCGGAGAUGCAGCACGGGCAG